AUGAUGUCCCAAGCAGCCCGCCAGGCUGAGAAGGCCAUUGGCCAUGGUGACAACGCCACCACCGCGCAGAACGUCACCAACCCUGGCAACGACGAGAGCACCGCCGACUAUUCAGAGACGAUGAAGGCUUUGGCAUGGUACGGCAAGAACGACGUUCAGAUGAUCGACACACCAAAGCCCAAGAUUCUAGAGGACCGCGAUGUUAUCGUGAAGGUCACUGGCUCCACUGUCUGUGGUUCUGACCUGCACUUGCUUCACGGCUCUGUCGUGGAGAUGCAGAAGGGUGACAUCCUCGGACACGAGUUCUGUGGUGUGGUAGACGAUUUUGGUCCUGGUGUCACAAAGUUUAAGAAGGGCCAACGAGUCGUUGCCUCUUUCCAGAUCGCCUGCGGUGACUGCUACUACUGCAAGCAGAAGCUGUCCUCCCAAUGCGAGAAGACCAACUCCAACACCAUCGAGAACGCCAUGUACGGUGGCCGGACAGCAGGCAUGUUCGGAUACUCUCACUUCACUGGUGGAUACGCCGGAGGCCAAGCAGAGUACACUCGUGUCGCUUACGGUGACGUCAACCUACUGCCGCUUCCCGAUGAUGUUCCGGAUGAGCAGGGUCUCUUCCUCUCCGACGUUGUGUGCACCUCAUGGCACGCAGUCGUCGACACCGGUGUCAACAAGGGCGACGUCGUUGCUAUCUGGGGAGCCGGCCCAAUCGGACAAAUGGCCGCAGACUUCUCGCUGAUGCAAGGUGCAUCGCGCGUCAUCAUGAUCGACCAAAACUGGCGUCUCGACUUCGUCAAGUCCAAGUACCCCAACAUCGAAACCAUCGACUUCUCCACCCUAGCCAAGGGCGAGUCCGUCACCAGCAAGCUCAAGGAGAUGUGCAACAACCGCGGCCCAGACGUCAGCAUUGAGUGUGCCGCCGGCGAGUACGCCAAGGGCUGGGCCCACUACUUCGAGAUGAUGCUCGGUCUCGAGACCGACACCAGCGAGCUCAUCAACGAGAUGAUUACUAGCACACGCAACAUGGGCCGCUGCGGUAUCACCGGUGUAUACGUCGGCUUCACCAACCACUUCAACAUUGGUUCUCUCAUGGAGCGCGGUAUCCGUCUCAUCGGUAACGGUCAGGCACCUGUACACAUGUACUGGGAGUCGCUCCUCAAGAUGAUCCAGGAGAAGCGCAUCGACCCCUCAAAGAUGGUUACCCACCGUGUCCGCCUCGAGGACUUGGACAAGGUCUACUACAAGUUCGAGAAGAAGGAGGAUGGCAUGCAAAAGGUGUUUGUGGAGACCAAGUGGAGUUUCCCGGCGUGGGAGGGCAGCCCCAAGUUGACCAGGUACUAA